UCUGUGACUGCGGCGCUACCUUCUCUGUUCUCCUACAGUCACAGUGCUAUAGCUGUAGCUGGUCCAGUCUGUAGCUGUAGCUGUGUGUCUACAACAACAUGUAGUUGUGUGCUGUGCCGUGGACUGUGUGUGCGCGUUAUCACCACCUCACUUGGAUACACACCCACCACCCAGAUGGGUCGGACAAGCCUAGUUUUGUUCCUGUUGGUCUUCGCGGUCCUUGCUGCUGCUAAGGAGUAUGUCCUGGAAGACUUGAUAGCUGAGGAGAGCAAUACAGACAAUAGACGGGUCAUCCACAAUGUUGGGGAUGACGAAGACCAUACAAGAGGUAAGAAAGUGGUGCGGCAAAGCAGGGUCGAAGAUACAAUAAGAACUGUUCAGGAACCUAUCACUGGACCCGGCUUCAAACAAGAACCUAACCAGAGUGAAGCUGUCAAGGACAAGGGUGGAGGGAAGAAGGAAGAAACACAAGAUGAUGAGGAUAAGAAAACCCUCUCUCAACAAGUGGCUGAUGGAAAAUAUGGCCUAAUACAAACAGAACUCUUCAGUAAGAGGCCGGAGAGACCAGGAAUCAUCAGCUAUGAGGUCAACCCCGAGGUUCCAAAAGAUAAUGUUAAUAAUCUUGGAGGCUUAAGACAAGAAGAGAUUUGGCUUGCAGAAAACCAUUUACUUGUUUUAGCUGGAGGCAACUUUAAGGAUAAAAGUCUUGAUCAAUCUAUUUGGCCUCCAAUUGACAAUUACAUUGCACCACCUAGACCGGUGAAAAUUCCAGCAAACCCUAAAGUACCUCCACCAUUUCCAGUUCAACUCAAACCAGGUGGUCCCGUGGAGUUCAUCAAGAAUGAAAACGGAACAGGAGGUCCACCACCAUUCUUCCCGUUUCCACCACCAAACAAUUCUUUUCCUUAUCCACCACAGAUCAACGGUCCGGGAAACUUCACACUGGGGAACGGCCCAUAUCUUCCUCCCCCGUUCCCCUUCUUUCCAUCUCCAAACGGAUCCUUGCCAUUCCCACCACCAGGAUUCCUACCCCCCAUCCCACCAGGAGCAGCAUUCCUACCUCCACCAGGAAACCUUACAGAAACAUUCGACGAAGACGACCCAUCUCUUUACUAUCCUCCACCUUACAGCUUCUACUAUCCAAAAGACAACAGUUCCUCAGUGCCACCAGGACCUUUAGUUCCCGGUAUCGUCCUGCCUCCGCCGCCGGACUUCUUCGCACCAUUCAAAAACACAACAGCAUCUAAACCUAGAAGACCAACAACCAGGCCGUCCAAGAAACCUACAACACGAAAGCCUACAAAACAUAAAAAUGUACAAAUCAUAACUAGCACUGAAGAUUCGUAUGGUGGAGUUAAGAUAAGGCCGAGUAUAGGAAAUAUCAAUAUUGUUACAACACCACCUCCUCAUUUGGUAUACACUACCCAUACUCCACCUGUGACUACCCAAGUAUAUACACGAAGACCAACAGUUCACACAACAACAGAUAAUUCACUGAAUGAAGUAACGCCUCCAACAAUAGUACAUGCACUUCCUCCCAAUGCAGUUGUCAAAGGAUGGGUACCAAUUCCUGCACCUCAUCCCUACUAUAUCACAGGGGCGAGAAAACCAUUCAGAAAAGUUACUACCACAUUGCCACCUGAUUACAAUUCAGUCACACCCCCAGAAAACCAAGUCUAUGGUUUCAAACCAUCAGAUUACGAUUUGUCGAUAACCAAUUGGAUUUACCCCAACAAAACCAAGACCUAUACCCAAGAUCAACAAUUUUACAAGGUUAAUACUGAGUCUCCUAAACACGACUUUUACUAUGAUGAUAUUUACUCAGAAAAGGGGCAAUUCUAUUCAUCAACUGAGUCGCCACUGCAAUAUGAUGACCAAAGUAGACUGAAGUCAUUAUUUUACCCAACAAAUGCUCCGCCAGCUAGUACUAUUUCGCCAGCUCAUUUGUACAGGUCACAUUUAGACAGUAGAGGAAAAGCUUUGAAGACGUAUUACUUCUAUGAGGAGCCCCACAUCUCACAGGGUAAGCUGACAGAUACAGACAGUUUACCACCUUACCCUCCAGCUUUACCUCAACCAAAGUUUAGACAAUCUAAUGCUCACACAAUAACAGAGGAGUCAUAUGAAAACUCGGCAGCUAAACCAUCACUUCAAGGUCAAUUCAAACCAUCUCCUUUAGACUAUUUUUACCCUCAAGAAGAAUAUAUCAAUGUUCCGAGAGUUAAUACACCAUCUCCUGUUCAUUAUUACUAUCCAGAGAGGUCAAAAGGCUACAGUGGUUAUUCAUAUUCUGGUAUUGCAGGAACAACUGCUAGACCCGAGACAUCAACUAAGCCCCCUGUAUAUGAAUAUAGUUUUGCAAUUCCGGGUUAUGGUUCUGCUGUGCCAGGAAAAGUAGGAAAUGGACAAGAAGAGCCGUAUGCUUAUCAGACAACACCCAGACCUUAUCAGGAACCUCUGUUUACUACUGCUGCACCUACUACAACUCCUGCGUCAGUUUACAACACCAACAAUCAAUACUACACCACAAAGAGACCUCACACUACGCCGAGACCAACUGUUCAAACUGACAACCCAUACUACGCAUUUUUCACACAUCAAGAUUCAGACUUAAUUGACGAUAUAACAAAGAAAUAUUUUACAACUUUUGGACAAAAACUUAAUAAGGGAGAAGCAGUGACAUCACCUCUUCCACCAAUUGACGAUGUGUCCAGCAAAGAUGUAUUCCCGCACACCUCUCCUAGGCCACAAUAUUAUGAGACGGACAAACCGAGGACUAAGUACAUCCAAAACUCUGGUUCGAUACCAGGGAAUAUCUACUACUCAACAGCGGCUCCACCUAUUCAAAGCUAUCCUCAAAGAGUACCUUACCCUACACCGAUCUACAGCCAGUUCUACGAUCAGCGGCCAUAUUCAUCUUUAAUUUCUACACAAAAGCCAAUACCCUUAGGAUCAGAUGUAUUGGUGAACUACAAAGAACCUCUUCCACCUAUCAAUCCUGACGCAGAAUUCAUAGACCCUUCAACUCCUGGGCUGGCUAAGCCGGAUCAAUCGUUUAUCUCGUACCGGCUCCCUGGCAACGGCGGUGGACAUUUCUUCUUCUUGACUCCUCAAGUGGCUCAGCAGAGUCAGCAGUACUCGGACUAUGUGUUCAGUGCGGACCGAGAUCAGAGUGCCCCUUAUUACAAGCGCAACGCACGCAGACCACAGACUCAGCGCAGAAGACCUUCACCUCCCAACACAAGGACUAAGUGAGACUGAAGAUGCAUUAAGACUUUAACUAAUGGAAACAUUUUAUCCUUGAGAUGAUCUAUUUUUUGGGGGCAAAAAUCACUAGUUGGUAAAAAUUGUGACUAUUUUAACUGAUGAUUUUUAAAAGGAGGUAAACUUGUUUAUUGAAUUAAAAGUAAAGUGUGAUCAAAGCUUGGAUAAAAUGUUUAGUUUUUUAAAUCAAUUUCACAUUAACAGAGAGGCCAACUUGACAGCCGUUCUUGUGCUGUUGUGCUAAUGUGCACAUAAAACUGUGAUAUAAUUGUUAAGUUGAUUUUGGUGCAAUUAAAGUGUAACAACAGACAAACAAAUUGAGACUGAGUGUUGAGACAACAGUUCAAGUGUGUGUGUGUGUUGGAAUAUAACAACUCAAUGUAUAUUUUUAGUAGAAUAUAGUUCCUAAAAUGAGCAUACUGAGUCCAAGACAUAUCUGCCAUUUCAGGAAACUAGAACAAUCAAAUAUAUUUAUCCUGAAGUUAAAAAAAAAAUAUUUUAAACAUCUUUUUAAGUUAAUAUUAACUGAAAAGAAAACUAUGGACAAGUAUAAUUUAAUGUUUUUUAACAGAGUUUAAAGGCUCAGAAAAAUCAAUUAACUAAAAUUAUAUACUGUGUGAUUUAUUUUUAUAUACAUUUUACGUUUACAACUUUUCCAAGAAGGGUAAACCAUUAUUAUUUAUGUGUGAGAAGAACUUAAGUUAUUUUAUAAAAAUGAGUUUCAGGUUUAUAAUAAAUCGUCACUUUUAGUACCUACUGAAUAAAAUUAAUAGGGAGGUAAAUUUCAUCAUCUUUUAGAAUAUUAAAAUUGAUAGAACAAGUUUUAGAGCUUUGUAUAUGUCCAGUCUUUAAUGUUUGAAAUAAAUUAAGCAUAUAAUUUAUAUUCCUCAGUUUGCAAUGCUUGCUGAUUCAGUCAAGUUUUUUGUAUGUUGUAUUUAGAAACUAAUUUUUAAUUUGACAAUUAUGUAACUUUGAAGUAAUUAUGUAAUUUAUGAAGUAACUUCAUGAAGAAGUCAUUUUGUACAGUGUAAAUAAAUAGCAAUGUAAUAAACUUAUAAAGUAUU